CUAUGUUCGAUAAAUGGGCGAGCAAAGUGUCAUCACUAAAACGAAGCCUCAUUUGUCACUGCGCGGUUUUGUGAAUAUUUUGUGAAUUUAGACGAAAAAAAUCAAGUAUAGCGAACAGAGGAUAUACGCCAUGACACACGCAUCGUUUAAUUGGUUGGAACUGGAGACUGAAGACUCUUUCGAAUUUUCCGGCGUCAGAUUUAACCGCAGCUCCUCCGUUAGCCCUAGCUCUUUCAGUGAAAGUACCACCUCGAGUUCAAGUUCAAGCACUUCUACUUCUACAAGCAGUUCAAGUUCAAUGUCAAGCAAUUCUACCUCAAGCUUUUCCAAUUCAUCCGUAGACUCAAAUGCAGGCUCUAACGCUAACAUUUCCUUUAAUAUUACUGCUGAAAAUAGUUCAUUAAACCUUAGAAUGGACAGUGCGGCAGAAGGCUCUCAUAGCAGAAAUGCAUCAUCGAGUUUGUCUGUUGAUGUAGCCCAAAUGGAGGCUGAAAUAGAGCGCAUUAACCGCUUUUGUGAGGAUGUUAUUGCCCAGGUUGAAAUCGUGCCUUCUACCUCCACCCCAACAGCUGAGCGAUCCAGUCGUCGUAUAUCCACUUCGCCUGUAGAGGUGAUUGAUUUAUCUAAUUUGGAAUUCGCUCCGCCACCUCGCUCAGCCAGAAAUCGUGUUCCCGAUGCUGUAAUCGAUUUGUGUACCCCAGAUGGGCCCCGGACACGUCCAGCUUCAGGACCCGCAACAAAUUCGCGACGCAGCCUUAAUCAAGACAUUUCAUGUGUGGAAGUCGUGGAUGAUGAGAAUGUUUCACCACCAAAGCGGCGUCAGGUUAAUCAAUCGCAGCAGGAUGAUACUUACAAUUGCCCAGUCUGCUUGGAGAGCGUGCGCCGUCGUGAACCUGUUUCUACCAAAUGCGGCCACGUUUUUUGCCGUGCCUGUAUCGAGGGUGCUAUACGCUCAACCCAUAAGUGCCCGAUGUGCAACAAAAAGAUCACCGCACGUCAAUUUUUCCGUCUGUAUUUGUAAUACUUUUUUGUUGCGUUAAGUCUCUUCAUAGCUAGAACUCUGUGAGACCCAUUUAUAGUUUAAAUCUUAGUAUUAAAUGCAUUGAUAAGUUUUUGAGUGAUUUUGAAUUGCAUCCCGCCAAAUAUAUAUUGUAACUCAUUAACUAAAA